GAAGCGGCACGGCGCUCAAACGAUAUAGAUAGCCCUUCUAGUCGUCUUUCUCCUCCUUUCUCCUCUCCCCGUUUCAAGGUUCUUUUCCCUGUCGCCAAACCUUGAUCAUGGCUGAGCAGCUCAUCCUUCGCGGAACUCUUGAGGGCCACAAUGGCUGGGUUACCAGCUUGGCUACCUCUCUUGAGAACCCCAACAUGCUUCUCUCCGCCAGUCGCGACAAGACUUUGAUCGUCUGGAACUUGACUCGUGACGACCAAGCAUACGGUUACCCCAAAAGAAGCCUUGAGGGCCACUCCCACAUUGUCUCCGACUGUGUCAUCUCCUCAGACGGUGCCUACGCUUUGUCUGCCUCCUGGGACAAGACUCUCCGUUUGUGGGAACUUGCGACUGGCAACACCACCCGUGUCUUCAGCGGUCACACCAGCGAUGUCCUCUCCGUUUCCUUCUCUGCCGACAACCGUCAGAUCGUCUCCGGUUCCCGUGACCGAACCAUCAAGCUCUGGAACACCCUUGGUGACUGCAAGUUCACCAUUACCGAGAAGGGCCACACCGAGUGGGUGUCUUGCGUCCGCUUCAGCCCUAACCCCCAGAACCCCGUUAUUGUCUCUGCCGGUUGGGACAAGCUUGUGAAGGUCUGGGAACUCGCUUCCUGCCGCCUUCAAACCGACCACAUCGGACACACCGGAUACAUCAACACCGUCACCAUCUCCCCGGACGGUUCCCUCUGCGCUUCCGGUGGCAAGGACGGCACCACCAUGCUCUGGGACCUCAACGAGUCCAAGCACCUCUACUCCCUCCAGGCCGGUGACGAGAUCCACGCCCUCGUCUUCUCCCCUAACCGCUACUGGCUCUGCGCCGCCACCAGCAGCAGCAUCACCAUCUUCGACCUCGAGAAGAAGAGCAAGGUUGACGAGCUCAAGCCCGAAUAUGUCGAGAAGGGCAAGAAGAGCCGUGAGCCCGAGUGUGUUUCCUUGGCCUGGAGCGCUGAUGGUCAGACUUUGUUCGCUGGUUAUACCGACAACAAGAUCCGUGCUUGGGGUGUUAUGUCACGAGCAUAAAUGGGGAUUUUUUUUAAUGUUGGGUUAGGAGCAAAGAAUUGAAACGGAAUUUUGUAGAAAAAAUUAUCAAAAAGGGCAACGAAUCCAUCAAAAAUACCACAUUCAAUUUGUCUAUUCCGAUUGAGUGACUGUUUUCUUUUUGAGAAAAAGAAUGGAGGCUGGGUUCUAGGAAAUGGAAUGAAGCGAUGAGCAUUAAUGAAAGCCAGAAUUUCUUUUUUCUGUUACUAUGAGUUUUCGUCUUUUUGCGCAAACUUUCUCUGAUUACCACUUGAGGUUGGUUGGGAUUGUAAAGCAUCAUCUUUUUCGAAACGUUUCCCUUCGAUCUCUACCCUUCGCAGGGAAGCAGAAGUCGUUCAGGAGUGGCUAUGUGACGUUUAUUAUCAUGCAAGAUGUUUGAAUAAAAUCAGGACAUUAAAAAAUCUAAGUGCUUCCCACUUGGU